GUGAGUGAGGGACCGAGCUCGGUCCGUGUGGCCCUGGCGCCUCGGAUUUCGGACUCCGGGUGCUGCGGGUUGAGGUCCGGUUCCCAGCGGGGGGAGGUCGUUGUCCUUGGGGGCUGCAAGAUGGAGGAAGGCGGGAACCCGGGAGGCCUGAUCAAGGUGCUGCACCUACUGGUCUUGUCAGGUGCCUGGGGCAUGCAAAUGUGGGUGACCUUCGUCUCAGGCUUCCUGCUUUUCCGAGGCCUUCCCCGACAUACCUUCGGCCUAGCGCAAAGCAAGCUCUUCCCUUUCUACUUUCACAUCUCCAUGGGCUGCGCCUUCAUCAACCUCUGCAUCUUGGCCCCACAGCAUGCCUGGGCUCGGCUCACAUUCUGGGAGGCCAGUCAGCUCUGCCUGCUGUUCCUGAGCCUCACACUGGCCACCCUCAAUGCCCGCUGGCUGGGGCCUCGCACCACGGCCACCAUGUGGGCCCUGCAGACAGUGGAGAAGGAGCGGGGCCUGGGCGGGGAGAUGCCAGGCAGCCACCAGGGCCCCGACCCCUACCGCCAGCUGCGAGACAAGGACCCCAAGUACAAGGCUCUCCGCCAGGACUUCUUCCACUACCACGGCCUGUCCUCCAUGUGCAACCUGGGCUGCCUCUUGAGCAACGGGCUGUGUCUCGCCGGCCUCGCCCUGGGUUUGAGAAGCCUCUAGCCCAGGCCCUGUGUGUCAAUAAAGGCUUCUUCAGAAAUGA